AUGCCACCCCCUCCACCACCACCACCCAAAGCACCACCUCCCCCCGCUGCCGCCCCACCAAAGGCCACCGGUGAGAGAAAUGCACUACUCAGCUCCAUUCACAAAGGUGCUAAAUUAAAAAAGACAGUUACCAACGAUAGAUCCGCUCCAGCCACCGUUGCACCAAAACCAACACCAGGAGGUGGCGGUGGUCCAAUGGGUAUGCCAAUGGGAGGCGGCGGUAUGCCAAGACCAGGCGGUGCCAAGCCAGCAGGUGGAAUGGGUAUGGGUGCCCCAAGAAACGAAGAUUCCGGAUCUGCAGGUGGUCCACAACUCGGUGGAUUGUUUGCCGGUGGAAUGCCAAAGCUGAAACCAAGCGCAUCCGGUGGAACCAUGAAGAAACCACCUCCCAUGAUGUCACCGGUUGCCGCCGCACCACCACCCAUGCACAGCGCUCCAGUCUCGAAACCACCAGCUUUCAAACCACCAACUUCACAACCACCACCACCAAUGAUGAAGCCAACUCCACCACCACCAAUGAUGAAACAACCAGCACCACCACCUAUGAUGAAACCAACUCCACCACCACCAAUGAUGAAACCAACUCCACCACCACCAGCAGGAGGAAACAGAUCGCCAGCUCCACCAGCUCCAGUAUCAAGACCACCACCUCCACCAGUUAGAGCAUCGAUGAAUGAUGAAGAAUUAAGAAAUGCAUUGGCACAAGUUGCAGAUUUAGAAUCACAAUUGGCAGAAGCCAAUCAAAGAAUUCAAACAUUGGAACAACAAUUGAGUUCUCAACCACCAGCCGGAAGAAAAGCAAAGGCUUUGUAUGACUAUAUGACCAGCACAGAAUUUGGUGAUCUCACUUUCAAGGCUGGAGAAAUGAUUACCAUCAUCAAUACCAAUGGUGAUUGGAGUGAGGGUUCAAAGACUGGUCAAUUCCCAACCAAUUAUGUUCAAUUCCUCUAA